UGUAAAUUGAAAAUAAUUUGCCUUUUGCGAAGCUUCUAUCGCAUUUUUCAUUUUUGGCCCAAACUGCCUUAAAAACGCCUUCCAAUUUUCCAAUUUCCCGCGAAACUUGCCGCGGAUCUUCCCUCCAUCCCCAAACCAUUACCACCGGAGCCGACCUAUCCCCGCCGGCAUUGAUUUAUACUUCUCCAUUUUCAAUUCCGGUCACCAUAAACAGUGGGUUUCUAUGAAUUGAUGAUUACAGCACUGUCCUCACUCUCUCUACGCUUCACCCACCACAAUCUCUGUCUCAAAUUUCCCAUCAAAAUCAUCGUUAAACCCUGCUUCUUCCCCUCAGCUAGAAGCCCCUUCUUCCAUAGCUCUCCUUUACCGUCAACCUUUAUCAAUCUCAGAGCCAUGGCUUCUAAACGGUCCGCGUUCGACGUUCUCAUGCCCAAGGCCGCCAAGAAACGGAACCCACCGCCGGCACAGAAACAAGAACCCGAAACCCAAGAAUCAAAAGCCCUAGGUUCUCAAACCCUUGCUCAGUCUACGCCGGAGAUUUCCAAUUCGAAAGAAAUUAAAGAAGCCCAGAUUGAGAAGAAGAGUCCUCAAAAGGAAGCUAAGAAGGAAACGAAGACGACCAGUGAUGCGGAUUUGAGCGCCAAAGUUGCCCAGAGCGUUGUUGAAAUGAAGAAAAAAGCGGCUGAUUUCAAUCCCAAGAAGGCGGCUUAUUGGGGAAAGGACGAGAAGGUCCCGUUCAUGUUUGUAGCGAAGGCGUUUGAUGAAAUCUCCAGGGAGUCUGGCCGGAUUGUGAUCACUGAGAUUGUUUGUAAUGUGCUAAGAACAGUGAUUGAAACGACGCCCAAGGACUUGUUGCCGGUGGUUUACCUUUUGGCUAAUAAGAUUGCUCCAGCUCAUGAAGGAUUGGAACUUGGAAUUGGUGACAGUUCAAUUAUAAAGGCACUUUCCGAGGCAUCUGGAAGCAAGGAGGCUCAUAUAAAGAAACAGUACAAGGAUCUUGGAGAUCUGGGCCUUGUUGCAAAAGCUAGCCGUUCUUCUCAGUCUCUCAUGCGAAAACCAGAAGCAUUGACUGUCGCCAAAGUCUUUGACUCAUUUCACCUAAUUGCUAAGGAAUCUGGUAAAGAUAGUCAGGAGAAGAAAAAGAAUCGAAUCAAAUCACUACUAGUUGCGGCAACUGAUUGUGAACCUCAAUAUCUGAUACGUCUUCUCCAGGCAAAAUUGCGUAUUGGUUUGGCUGAACAGACCCUCUUAACUGCUCUGGGCCAUGCUGUAGUUUAUGCUCAGAAGAAUCAAUUCUCACCUCCUGCAAAUGUGGACUCGCCUUUAGAUGAGGCUGCCAAAAUUGUAAAGCAAGUUUACUCCGUUAUCCCAGUAUAUGAUAAGAUAGUUCCUGCUCUUCUUGAUGGUGGAGUAUGGGAUCUUUCAAAGACAUGCAACUUUUCUCCUGGUGUUCCUAUUGGACCAAUGCUAGCAAAACCAACUAAAGGAGUAUCAGAAAUACUGGAUAAAUUUCACGAUACAGUUUUUACCUGUGAAUACAAGUAUGAUGGAGAACGUGCACAGAUACACUAUAUGGAUAAUGGUUCAGUUGAGAUUUACAGUCGCAAUGCAGAACGAAACACUGGAAAGUUUCCUGAUGUUGUGGAAGCUAUCUCAAGAGUUAAAAAACCCUCAAUAACUUCAUUUGUUCUUGAUUGUGAACUUGUUGCAUAUGACCGUGAGAAGAAAAAGAUCCUCCCUUUUCAGGUUCUCAGUACACGAGCUCGUAAGAAUGUAACUGUGAGUGAGAUUAAGGUUGAUGUUUGCAUAUUUGCGUUUGACAUGUUGCAUGUCAAUGGUCAACCUCUUCUACAAGAACAGCUUCAGAAACGUAGGGAGCAUCUAUAUAGUUCAUUCAUUGAAGAAUCUGGAUAUUUUCAAUUUGCUAAAGAGGUAACAUCAAAUGAUCUUGAGGAGAUACAGAAUUUCCUUGAAGCUGCUGUUGAUAGCAGUUCUGAAGGUUUGAUCAUCAAAACAUUGAACAAAGAUGCCACAUAUGAGCCUUCAAAACGUUCAAAUAACUGGUUGAAGUUGAAAAAAGAUUACAUGGAAAGUAUUGGUGACUCACUGGAUUUGGUUCCUAUAGCCGCUUUCCACGGCCGUGGGAAACGUACUGGUUUUUAUGGAGCUUUUCUCCUUGCUUGUUAUGAUAGCGAUAAAGAGGAAUUCCAGAGCAUAUGCAAAAUUGGCACUGGAUUUACUGAUGUCGUGCUUAAGGAGCGAUCUCAGAGCCUUAAAUCUCAAGUUAUUUCUGAGCCCAAGUCUUAUUACCGAUUUUCAGAGAAUCUCAACCCAGAUGUGUGGUUCGAACCCGCUGAGGUUUGGGAAGUGAAAGCUGCCGAUUUAACUAUCAGUCCUGUCCAUCGUGCUGCUACCGGCAUUGUAGACCCUGACAAGGGAAUUUCUUUGCGGUUCCCACGUUUACUUCGGGUCCGAGAAGAUAAGAAACCAGAGGAUGCCACAUCGGCUGAGAUGGUAGCUGACAUGUAUAGAGCUCAAAAGCACAACCAGAACAAUAACGCUCGUGAUGAUAGUGAAGAAGAAUGACAACAUUAUCAACAUUAUUGUUGUACCCAAAGCAACGUAAUCUUUCAGGCACCGGAUAAAGUUUACUCAUCAUCCCACUUUACUCCUGUCUUUUUACAUUACUUGCUAAUUUCAGUGUGCGUGUUUAGCUGUGAAUAACUGUAGGGAAUUGUGUUUAGGAAAAACCAUGGUUUUCCUAUUGCCUAGGUUUUAGUAAAGAAAUUCAAUUCAAUUGCUUGCUAGAUAAGGGAUUUAGGAAGGACCUAUAUGAUCUCUGUAGGGGGGCUUUGACAUCAUUACUAUUUCUUUCAGCUGUCAAAAUCUGACUACUUACUUUGUUUGCGUAUUGAAAGAUCGUUGUAACUGCUUUUAGUUAGCUUUCUGGUUACUUGAAAUAUCGUUCGGAAGAAUUGCAGAAAACAUUUAAAAGACCUCAAUUGGAGUUGAUGGUCUAGAUCUAUCGCUUACUUUGAAACCUAGAGAGAACUGUAUGUGAUUUGAUAUGCUUUCUUCGGAAACAUUGGCGUUCGUACC